AUGGCUGCCUCGCAGACGACCAUGGUGUGUACCUGUGGCCCGGAUUGCACGUGCACCGAUGGAUCUUGCGGGUGCGGGACCGGAAGCUGUGCGUGCGACCCGGGCGCGUGCCCCGCAAAGAAGCAGAAGGAGCUGCAAAACAAGAUCUUCGUCGGCGGAGCGAUCGCGGUCGCUCUCAUCGCGACGGCGAUGAUCGUCAUGAAGAAGUGA